CGCAGGGUUGCUACUAGGCUGCGCACGCGCAUUUGGAGCAUUUGCUUAUUUCCGCCACUGUGGUUUCCACUCUUACUGGAUUACUAACUUUGCGCCUCAUUGUGCUGCUCGUGGUCACGUAUUCCUGGUUAGCGCUUUAAACCUCUAAACGCCCGCGGUCAGAGGUCAUGACGUAGUGAAACAACAGCUGCUAGUUUAGGUGAACGUCAGCAGAACACGUGCAGGAAGCUAGCACGCUGAGAGGAUGAAGCGACCCAACAUUCUGCUCACAGGAACUCCAGGUGUAGGUAAGAGCACUCUGGGAAAGGAGUUGUCCACGAGGACAGGACUGAGCUACGUGAACGUGGGAGAGCUGGCGCAGGAAGGCCAGCUCUAUGAUGGCUACGAUGAAGAGUACCAGUGUCCUAUUCUGGACGAGGACAGAGUGGUGGAUGAACUGGAUGAGAAGAUGGAGGAGGGUGGUGUGAUCGUGGACUAUCAUGGCUGUGAUCUGUUUCCUGAACGCUGGUUCCACAUAGUCUUUGUCCUCCGCACUGACAACACUCAGCUGUACACCCGUCUGGAGAGCAG